CGACCCUAUCGGCCGAGAAGUUCCGAGUGCGAGGUAGUCGGAGAAAACGCGGGAGAUGUCCAUAUAUCGAUGUACUCAAAACGUCUGUUGCGAUUUCACCAUCUAGGAAACCAAAACCAAAUACAAGACAUGAUAGCGCAAUCGAAAAUUUCAUCAUUCUUUAAGACUGGUCAAGCAUCCAGUAAGCGUUCAUCAGAAGUGACACAGAACGAUCAGAAUACACCACCAAAGAGGGCCAAAACAGAGAACAAAGAAUUAACUCCAGAAAAAAAGUCCAAUACAGAUGGCUUUGCUGUCUCCCCAGCUUUAUCACCAGAACAGAGGGCCCGAAUGGAACAGAACCGAAUAAAUGCAGUGGCCAAACUUCACACCUUAAAUUCUCAAGGACUUCUUGUCAAUUUUGGAAACAGCUGGAAAAAUGCAUUAGAAAAAGAAUUUUCCAAAGAUUACUUCCAGAAGUUGACCAAGUAUGUUGAGGCAGAGAGAGCCAAAGGGACGAUCUACCCACCAGCUCAUCAAGUGUUCUCCUGGACACAGUACUGUACACUGGACUCUGUGAAGGUGGUUAUAUUGGGACAGGACCCAUAUCACGGACCAAAACAAGCUCACGGGCUGUGUUUCAGCGUACAGAAAGGGGUGAAGUCUCCACCAAGCUUAGAGAACAUGUAUAAGGAGUUGACAAGUGAUAUAGAGGGAUUCCAACACCCUGGUCACGGCACCCUGAUUGGCUGGGCUGAACAAGGUGUGCUGUUAUUAAACUCAUGUCUGACUGUGCGGCAACACCAAGCCAACUCCCACAAAGACCGAGGCUGGGAGAAAUUCACAGAUGCUGUCAUAUCAUGGCUCAACAAAAACAUGACAGGACUGGUGUUCAUACUGUGGGGGUCAUACGCACAGAAAAAGGGAUGUUUUAUAGACAAGAAGAAGCACUGUGUUCUACAAGGGGUCCAUCCUUCACCACUGUCGGCUCAUAGAGGCUUCUUUGGUUGUAAACACUUCUCCAAGUGUAAUUCCUACCUUGAAGAGAAGGGAAAGACCCCCAUAGACUGGACCCUGAUGCCCCCACAGGACUAGGCCAACAGCUGGUGCCCCUACAAGACUAGCUCAGUACAGCAUUGUUACGGUGCUAUCAGCCUGAUGAAGAAGAACAUCAGGCAGCCUAUCUUGUGGCUCUACAGAGGAGAACAUUAGUACUGGCAUCUUUGUGACUUCGAGACCUGAUUCCUGAAAGGAAAAAUAUUUUGAUCUAAUGAAACCUCAAAAAUAAUGCAGUUCUUGUGUUUUAGCCAUUAAUACUGCAACAAGGAGUUGCUUUUGAUCAAAUUGUUGAUUUUUGCUGUUGUUUUCAAAAUAUCUGUUAAAGUCUUUUUGAACAGUUCAUUGAUGGUUUUUGCUUAAUCUCAAAUUAUCAUGCCGAUGUUUUGAAACCAUGUUAUGAAUUUCUUCAUCACCAUUUUGAAUCAUUCAGUUAUUAUUGAAUAAAACUGGCACAAUU